AUGAGGUUCCCUUCGAUGGAGUUUGUUGCAGAAAUCUCUAUCCUAAACCAUCCGUCCUCUUCUUCCCCAUUUCAAUCCUCUUCUAUCAAAGGCCUUCCGAAUUGCGCUUUCCCGUCUUCCGUGGUCUUCCUCUUGAUCUUUAACUUGCAAUUCCCUAUUGAUGUGAACUCUGUCGAGAAGGACCAUCCAUUCUUGGACCCCGACUCCCUGCAGUCUCUCUUCAGGAGGCUGCAAGCGCUCAACAAGUGCGCGGCGAUGAAGAUAGACGCACCUGCGAAACAACAACCAGUUGGCCAAUCCAGCAGGAGUUCCCGGUGGACAAUAGUGGAACAGGAGGCCCCGAAGAAGGAAGGAGGACACAGGAUACGAAAAGAAUUCUUUUCCUCGAGUAACGGGGCCAGUUCCUUAGCGGGUGACUGUCGGCUGACCCCGGGCAGACAGCGUGGUGCUCGUUACCCUCUUCUUCGGGAGGCUAAGCGUUCAAGGUCCUAA